UGUGAUAAGUCCGGGAAAUAAGACAUGCUCGCGAGCGCGUUCACUUGCAAUUUAUUGUUAUUGUAAUGUUAUAGUGGCAUAGCAUUGUGGUGCAUGAUAAAACUAAAAAAAAAAUAAUAAUAUCUAUUUUUUUUCUUGUGAUUUAAAAUAAAAAUCUUAAAAAUAAAAUAUAAAUAAAAAAAUAUUUAAAAAUAAAAAAGAGGUCAACAAUAAAUGUUUAAUGAGAAAAGUGUCGCAGAAAAAGUCCCUCCAAUUCAGUGCCCGAAAAGUGAUUCUAAUCAACCAACCGUAGAAAAAUAAAAUAAAUUAAUUAUCAUCUUUUAUGAAUGAAUGGAGAUCCCAAACAAGCCCAAAGCCGAAUAAAGGAGGAGUCAAUAAAAAAAAAAAAAACUACAAAUAAAUGUGUGUUAUGUUAUAUAGAACAGGUUGUCAUUUGGCGAGUGCGAGUGCUGCGGCGGAUACAAGCAAAGGAAAUUUCAACGAAAUUAUAUGGAUAUAUUGAGGCGCAUUGCCCAUAAUUAUAAAAGUAUUCAAAUCAAAAUUCUGGCAAUACAGUGUGCGAUGUCUCUUCGGUCCGAUACGAGCUUUUGCUAAUGCGUGUCUUGUUCGAAAAUUUACAUUUCUCAAUUGCGGUGUGUGCGUGUGUGUGAUUUUGCAAAUGCCUGUAAACCAGAUCCAUUAACUUGCCUGCAUAGUGUCAAUCAAAGAAGAAAAAAAAGGAGCAAAAAAUUAAUAAAUGAACUAUUAUCAUUAAAAAAUAACUAAAUAACUAAUGCAACAUCUUAAGCUUAGUUACGACCACAUGUGCAUUAAGUGGAAUUUUUGUUGCUAAAUACAAAAAUAGAAAUACCAAUUUUCGGAAAGGAAGUUUAUUGCCCAGCUGACUACGAUUUUGGAUUAUUUUUUUUUUCUUGGUUGGUUGUGAAAACAAAAAAAAAACCAACAACAAAAUAAAGAUUUAAAUAAUGGGUUUAAAGAAAUACUACCUACGUUAUGGCCGUUCAGCUAGAGAUCGCAUAUUUGGCUGUCUGGGCAUACCGCCGCCUCUGGCAAAUGGGCAAAAUCGUGGUGUCAUCACAGAAUCCCUAUAUCCAGCCGAAAUACAACCCAGCAUUAAUGCGAGUCAACGCAGAUCUGGCGAAAGAGAACACAGUCGUAGACGCAGUUCAACGCAGCCAUUUGAGAGGAGUCGUCCCACACCCUGGUCGAUGCUAAUUUCCAGGGGCAUUAAACUUAGUAAUAAUAGAGUAGCUGUGAUAAUUAUUGGUAUAUUAACAUUAAUUUUAGGCAUUCUCCUAACCACGAUACCAUGGUUAGAUUAUUUCAUUUUAAAGAAUUUAAGGCUGUGGAAUGAUACGCUCAGUUAUCAUUAUUGGCAGAGGCCGGGGGUGAUACGUUUAACUAAAGUCUACAUUUAUAAUGUCACAAAUCCAGAGGGUUUUCUGAGUGGCGAAAAACCAAAGCUGCAAGAGGUUGGACCUUUUGUCUAUAGGGAAGACAUGCAAAAGGUGAACGUUAAGUUUCACGACAAUUUCACAGUGUCAUAUCAGCACAAAAAAAUCUUAGAAUUUGUUCCUGAACUAAGUAUUGACAAGAAUACACCAAUUGUCACACCUAACAUACCUCUAUUGACAUUAACCAGCUUAAGUCCCAAAUUGGGCUAUGUACUGUCCAAAACCAUAUCUGUCAUAUUGACAGCAGCGAAAUUUAAACCAUUUAUUAACGUAACUGCCGAACAACUGGUGUUCGGCUACGAUGAUCCAUUGGUGACGCUGGCGCACAAAUUCUAUCCGAAACAUUUGAGGCCGGGAGAACGAAUGGGUUUGCUAAUUGCGCGCAAUGGCACCUUGUCAGAGGUCUCUUCCAUUAAGACUGGUCAUUUGGGUAUGGAAGAUUUUGGCUAUAUUGAUCGGCUAAAUGGCAUCGAUCAUUUCCCUCAAUGGGAUGAGCAGCCCUGCACAAGCAUCACCGGUUCAGAGGGUUCAUUUUUCCCGCCUCGUGAUCUUACAAAAUCGAAUAUGGUUUAUGUCUACGAUAAGGAUUUGUGUCGUGUCAUACCGUUGAAAUAUGAGAAGUCAGUAGAAAAGGAUGGUUUAAAUGCUGACUUGUACAAGCUGCCCGAAACCAGCUACGGUGAUGCAGAGAAGAAUCCCGAGAAUAAAUGUUAUGAUACCAAAGACUAUAGUGCAUUGAAGGGUCUACAAAAUAUCAGUCCUUGCCAGUAUGGUGCCCCCGUCUACCUAUCGAAUCCACAUUUUUAUCAGGCCGAUCCACAGCUGUUGGAAACGGUCGAGGGUUUAUCACCAAAUCCAGCAGAACAUGAAACCUAUUUUAAAAUACAACCGAAACUCGGUGUCCCCCUGGAGGGUAAAGUUCGCAUUCAAUUGAAUCUGCGUGUGACCCAGGCCAAACACAUUUUUCCCGUUAAAGAUUUUCGUAGUUUUAUGUUUCCCGUCAUGUGGCUGGAGGAGGGCAUCUCCGAUUUGACACCACCUAUCCGCCGUUGGAUUUAUUUGGCCACGGUGUUCGCGCCGACUGUUAUACCCAUUGGCUCGUAUCUAAUGAUAGCCGGCGGUGCAUUUGCCAUAAUGUAUGUCUUCCUGCGUGCCUAUCAGAAUUAUGUGUUUGCCCAUGAUCCGACAUUGGAGAUUUUGGAAAUGGGACGACGUUCAUUGCGACGCAGCAGUACAUUUAUCGCCCACCAUCAGCAUCGGUUUAUGCAUCGCGAUUCAUACGCCUUGCUCAAGGCGACAACGCCAAGUAAUAGCCAUUCAAAUGACAGCACAGAUGAGGCUGGCAGCAGUAGUAGAGGGAGUAGGGAGGAGAUGCAAAACUCGGCAAGAGAAGCAGCAGCAACAACAACAGCGGACAAUGAAAUGCUCAUAUUAACGACGAAUAGUGGCGAUUCUAGUUCAUAGUUAAUAGAUUGAUUAGUCUAAUGCUAGGUAAAAAAGAAGAAAUCAACAACGAAACAAAUUUAUUUAUAAAUCUGUAAAACAAAAAUAAGUUGGGCAUUUUUCAGCCCCCCCUAUGUAUAGAUGUGUACAUAUGUGUAUGUAUAGGUAUACCCAAAAUAUGUAUUUGUCUUUUAGUUAAGAGCAAUUUUUUGUGCGAGCCCGAGCCGACAACAACAAUUAAUUGUGAUGUAAUUUAAAAUAGCAGAGAAAACUGAAACUCUUACAACUAACUUAGGAUUUGAAAUUAAAUUUAUUUUGUUAGUCUUCUUAGCUUGUGUAGCACUCCUGCGAAACAUGCCGUGAAUGAAUGAAUGUUUGUUUGUUUGUUUGUUUGUGUGUACGUGACAUUUUCGUGUGCCUGUGGAGUAUUUGCGUGCUUGUAAAAUUCGGGAAUGCAUAAAUCUCAGCAAACAUAUCGCCAAAACGAAAGUUCCAAGUCCACUUUUUUGAAUUUCUUGGCAAUUGCAAUUAAAAAUCAAAACUGGAUUUGGAACUUUUGAACUUUUUAAAAUAAUCAAAUAAACUUGUUAAAAUAUAUUUUUAUUUAUAUCUAAAAUCUAGUUUUAAUAUGUUUUUCUCUGUUAAUUUAAUUUCUUUAAUAUGUCUAGUAUCACUGUUAAGCUUUUUUUGAUACGUUUUGUACUCAUUUAGAAGUAUUUCGUUAGGUUAGACGAUAUUGUUAUUAUUGUAGUCUUGAAAUUAUUCCAUUUUCAUGCCAAAAAAAAAACGACGAAGAAAAACGAAGUUGGGAGCAACACACAUUUUCACAAUUCCAUCCAUUCAUAAUUACAAAACAAAAAUAUUAAAUCUCAGCCAAAAAUGUCGAUUAAGUCAAGAAUACCAUCCACAUUUCACAAAACACUAAAAAAGACAACAAAAACAAGUUCACAAAACUCUACAAACUGUGGUUACAAAACAAAACGGGUUUAUAUAUUUUAUUAGAUUAAAGAAAUUGAAUUUUACACAAAUAAAUGUCAUUGUUAUCAAAUA